AUGGCGUCGACGGCAGCGCGCGCCGCCCCGCCGGCGACGCAAGCAGGCGACGCCACGAAGACACCCGUGACGAUCAUCACGGGCUUCCUAGGCGCCGGCAAGACGACGCUGCUCAACUACAUCUUGAAGGCCCGCAACCAGCGGAAUAUUAGCGUCAUCGAGAACGAGUUUGGGGAGGUCAACAUUGACAAUGAGCUCGUUGCCGACAACCUUAUCGAGAAGGAGGACCUGGUGUCGCUGGACAAUGGCUGCGUCUGCUGCUCCCUGCGCAAGGACGUCGUGAAGGCACUUGCGGAGAUUGAGCGCCGCGGCCGCCACAGGAACAAGCGCGUUGACCAGGUGAUAUUGGAGACCACAGGCCUCGCCGACCCCGCCCCCGUGGCGUUCACGUUCUUCGCCAACCCCUGGAUCGCCAGCCGCUACCGCCUCGACUCCAUCGUCUGCGUGUGCGACACGCGAUACGUGCUGCAGCACCUUGAGACCAUCGGCGGCGCCGAGGAGCCCGGCGCAAUCAACGAGGCGGCGCAGCAGCUCGCGUUCGCUGACCUCAUCCUCCUUAACAAGACGGACCUAGUCAGCGCCGAGCAGCUGGACCGCGUGCGGUCCGUGGUGCGCGAUAUCAACCAGUCGGCGCGGCAGAUCGAGUGCCGGCUGAACCAGGAGGGGGGGCAGCCGCCGCUGGAGGUGCUGCUGGAUUCAAACGCGUUCAGUGUGCACAAGGCUCUGAAGGUGGACCCCUAUUUCCUGGACUCUGACAGCGGAUCAGACGUUGGCGAUGAGUCAGAUGAAGAGGCGACCGCUGAGGGCGGCGGCAGCGAGACAGCGCCAGCGCCCGCGGCGGCGCCUGCGGCAGCACCCGCGGCGGGUCCGCCGCCCCCAGCGGCGGGCGGUGCGGCGGACGCGGGCGGCGGCGGUGUCGCAAAGGGGGCGGAGGCGGGCGUGAGGGUGCGCGCGCCGUCGGCCGGCCUGGGCGCCGAGGAUGAGAGCAGCUCGGACGCGACGCAGCUCCAGCUGCAGGCACAGGCGUCGGCGUCAGCAGCAGCAGCAGCGGCGGCGGCGACCGCUGACGAGCAGCAGCGGCGCGGCCAGAAGCGGCCCGCGGCCUGCGCGUCUGGCAGCGCCUCGGGCGCCGCCACCGCAACGGCGGCGCUGCUCGCGGCGCCCGACGCGUCGGCCGUCGCGGCGGCGAUCGGCUGCGGCGGCGGCGCGGCGGCGGCGGCGCCCGAGGACUCGGCGCAGCAGCAGGCGGAUGAGCGGCGGCCGAAGCGGCGGCGGAAGCACCAUCACGACGUCGCCGGCAUUGGGAGCAUCGGGAUCGUCGCCAGGGGGCCGCUGGACGAGUACCGCUUCAACAUGUUCAUGUGGGUGUGA